UUGUGUCGAUGCUGCUCAUCUUCUUUCUUCGUUCAUAUCCCUCCGUCUCUUUUCGAUCUCCUUUCCGCUCCACGCUUCUCGUGUGACUGGAACGGUGAAGUACAAAGUUUGUGAUCGUUUUGGUGUCGUCGAGUGUUCGGGUGGACGUAGUGCGCAAUAACGUGGCUCGGAACUUGGUGUUCUCGAAAGUUUCUCGUAACCGUAUAAUCCGUGGAUACGGUAUAAUCGUGAUACCGAGCGUGAUAGUCGAGUCUCGCGACCGUAGCAGAAACAGGUGUUCGAAGGCUGAUCGAAAAGCGACGCCACGCGAACGAUGGUGCGGAGGCGGGCGGGUGAAUCGUAGUGCGGCUACGCGAUGCGUCCUCGUGGCACGCGGCGUCGGUGACUCGAGUCCUCGUCUCGCCGUAAAAACAUCUCUCGUUGUAUUAUUUUUGUUUGCGUCCGGCUCUAUUCGUAGACUGUAUCCGCGUGUUUACCGAUGCCCGAGAAAUCUAUAACGCGUAAUACGUUCUCCGGGAGGAGUAUUUAUAACGUUGAUCGUAGUUGAUAUGCUUGGAAAAGUUUGUACGUGACGCGAGUUGUUUCUUGUCUCUUCGGUGGAAUCGUGUUCACAAUUUCCGGCUCGUAUAUCGCGAUCCGACGGUGUGUGCAGAUCGCUGGCUUCGGUUCUUUGGACGAUGAGAGCGAUAAACGUUCUGCAUCGAGACGCGAUCAUCGCCGAGAUUUGAUACCGAACGAGAUCGUGGCGGUGGUGGUGGUAGUGGUGAAUCGUCCACGUUGCCAGAAAUUCGUCGUAACCGCAGAAUGCAGUCGAACACGAUACUGCGCGAUGUCGUCAAUACCGAGAAGAUGAUGGGAAACAACAACAAUCUGAAUAACAACGGUUCCCCGGGCACAGAUAUAAUGUUCCAGAUGGAAGAUGAUAGUUUGACGCAGUUGGGAAGCGUUUUUCAAUCGGCCUAUCAAUCGAUCGUUGGAGGUAGCGCUCAGUACGGCUCGGAUGAAUUCGGACAGGACUCGCCGAGAUACACCUCUCCCAAAGCUGCGGCCCUCUACGCAGAUCCCUACUAUAUCGAUGGGAACGCCGCGGGUACGGGUCCUGGUGAUCCAUGGACGGGGGGCAGCGGCGGCGUCCAGCCCCCGUACAGCGGAUACGCACCCCCACACCUGGCCCAACCAGCCUACCCCAUGCACCUACCCCACGACCCCAUGGCGUAUUCGGCCAUGUCGCCGAACGGAGAACCGGCGGCUCCGAUUCUGGGCUCGGCGGUGACCAGCGCGGCCUCACUGCCACCAAUGUCCACAUUCCGGGGUAGCGGCGCAGUCGGGGCGAAUACCGGUACCGGUGCACCGUCCCCGGCAUCGUUGCAAUAUAGUCAUAGUCCUGGUGCACCGACCAGCGCGCCAUCCGCCCCCAAUCCUGCUCCCACCACGAACCAGCCACCCGCCACGGGGGACAACCUCGGCAAGACUCUCGCGUCUGUAGUAAGCACAAGAAUUUACCCCACGGACCAAUCAGUAUCGAGUUAUAGCAGCAACCCAUCCACGCCAGUCAGUUCGCCACCACCGUUGACGGGUUCAGCGCCGGGCUGGGCACCAGGUGCUGCACCAGUUUCACCGCAUUUCACCACGGAUCCUAACCGUGGAACCAUUCACAUGCCGGCGCCUGAACAGCAGAGGCUAGACGAUGCCAUCGGCUUCCUUCGCGACCAUGCCGAGUUGGUACAGGGUACGCGGAUGGAGGAACGAUUGGACGACGCCAUAAACGUGUUGAGGAACCACGCGGAGAGCCAAUUAGGCCUUCAUUUGGGUCCCGUUGGUCCACACGGUUCAAUCUACUCCCACACGUCGCCACCUCAACUGGACCACUUGACGAGUCCUCAUCCUGCGGUGACAGUAACGCAACCACAGGGCUCUUACUCCGGCCUCACGCCCACGCCCGACACGGACGGUUCCAUCAAAAUCGAAAGGUUACCCGUGACGAAUGCCAAAUACGUCUCUUUAGAAAAGAGAAAGGAUCCACCGGAUAGCAGCGGUGGCGAGACGAAACCUUCGAGCAGCGAGUUGGCGGCGGCGGGCGUGAUAGGAGCUGCAACGGUCAAUUCUACGUCCCAGGGGAAGGGGACCAAGAGAUCGCGUAGAUAUUGUUCGAGCGCCGAGGACGAGGAUGAUGAUCCCGAUGUGAAGGCACAAAGGGAGAAAGAGAGGCGGCAGGCGAACAAUGCUAGGGAAAGGAUACGUAUCAGAGACAUCAACGAGGCGUUGAAGGAGCUCGGUAGAAUGUGCAUGACGCAUUUAAAAACGGACAAACCUCAGACCAAGCUUGGUAUCCUGAAUAUGGCUGUCGAAGUGAUCAUGACGUUGGAGCAGCAAGUCAGAGAACGAAACCUCAAUCCAAAGGCAGCGUGUUUGAAGAGAAGGGAGGAAGAGAAGGCAGAGGAUGGACCUAAACUACCCGGGCAUCUGGCGGCGCACAUAGCUCAUCCUCAUCCCCACCCCCACGCGCAUUCUCAACCCCCUUUCUCCGCGAUGCCUGGCCCGCCACCUCCGCUUCAACACAAUCCAUCGCAGCCACAGUAGCAGCGGCUCAGUGGCGGUAUGAUCCUGUGCUAAGGGGUAGAUACGGCUUAAACUUGUCAUAGGAUUUUUUCAAAGUUUUCCAGAACUCGAACAUACAGAUAGAAGAUCUUUUCCCGAUCGUGCCCGAUUGUACCGAGCCAGAAGAACCCUUUCACGAUCGAGAGUAAAUAUUUUCCUCUCUUUCUUUCUUCUUCUUCUUUUUAUUAUUAUUAUAAUUAUUAAAAACAAGUUUAAUAUUUUUCGAGAUAUAUUUUUUUUACAUCGUUUCGUCGAAGAUUAUCGUCAAAAACAAGUAUUUUUUCAUCGAUUCGUUAUUGGUAAUGAAAAAAAAUCUUUUCCACUGUAAAAUUUCGAUCUUGAAAGGAUCAUUACGUACAUAUAUAUAUAUAUGUAUUUAUAUAUAUAUGUAUAUCGAGAUUCCACUCUUCGAACGUACGUAAUUCCUGUUACGUUCUUUACGAAGGAAACUUAUUGUUUCUACUCUAUAUCGAGACGAUGGUAGAGCGAGCGUUAUCGAAAAAAAAAAAAAAAAAAAAUACGGAUGCCGCGUUUCCAUAGAGAAUGGAAAAUUGCUCGAUCCGUACGAAACGACUAGUGGUCGGUAUACAUGUUAAAUAUUCGUUAACAAUGUUUUCCUUGGACGUAACUUGCUCGUACGUGGAAGGCGCGGUACGAGGGAGAUCAUCGGAGGAGAAGGAAAAUUUUUCUGUAUGUUCAUGAAAGAAGCGUUAUUAGAGGGAAAGAAGAAAACGAUCGCGUGUGCUUUUAAGAGGCAUCUACCCCCCUUCCACUCCCCGAAGGCGGCUUGAAAUUAUUUUUAUAAAUAGCGAGAAAAACAAAGGAAUAUGGUUCCUCUCUUUCGAGAUGUAAGAAAACUUUACGUGUAGUACGAUCGAGAUUUUAUUGAGGCGAUCGAUCCCCGCUACCGGAACACCCCACCUCCACCUCCUCUUCCUCCUCCUCCUCCUCCUCCUUCCCUCUCGUCCUCCCUCUCCCUUCCCCUCCCCUCCCCUCCCCGUUCUCUUGUUGAAGUUGCCCACUUUUUCUUGUGUAAUGUAAUCUAUCGAGAUAUCGUUGCGUUAUGUUGCGUGUAGGGCGGAUAGCUCCAGGAGGUGUGCACCGCCCUUGACAAAGGGUGGAAAAAGGAAGAAAAAGAAAAAAAAAAAAAAAGAAAAGAAAAGAAAAGAAACGAAACGAAACGAAACGAAAAGGCGACGACGAGAGAAAACGUGACAAUGGCCGAGGAUGAUCGCAACAUGAACGGCGCGCUUCGCGAGCUCAUCGUUCUCGCUCUCGUUUCUCAUCAUCGAUGAUCGAUUCGACGUGUUUUUAUUUUUUAUUUUUUAUUUUUUAUUUCUUUUCUCUUUCUCUCUCUUUCUUUCCCUUUCCUCGGACUCGGUACUAGCAUUCUUCUCUCUCUCUCUCUCUCUCUCUCUCUCUCUCUCUCUCUCUCUCUCUCUCUCUCUCUCUCUCUCUCUCUCAGAUAUUUCUAUAGUUCGUGUAAAUAUCGCAAAGAUAAGCAGACAGACAAAAAGAAAAGGGAACCGCGAGUUCUUUUACGAUGGUCCUCGGUGAUUGGUGAUAAAAAUGAAUAAAACUGUAUAUAUAUAUAUUGAAGAGACGACUGUUUUAGCGAGCGUUCAGUGUGAAUCGAGGUCCCGUGAAAGUUGGUUCUGGCAAAUUUUCUGUACUUACGCGUGCGAACGAGAUUGAUCGAGAAAGCAUAACGAUUGACGGAGAAAGAAAGAGAAAGAGAGCGAGAGAGCGAGAGAGAGAGAGAGAGAGAGAGAGAGUGCGUGCGUACGUGCGUGCGUGUGCGUGUGCGUGUGCGUGUGCGCAUGAGAGAAAAGAGAGGAGGAAUUUCGCGUUGAAUUCGCGGUGCAAGCACGCGGUGGAAUCGUUUCUGUGUUAGCGUUUCGGACCGUGUGCGAAGGAAGUGCGUAUAUAAGUGCAAGGUUUUAAUAACAAUACGAGAAUAUAUGUAUAGAUAAAUGAUAGGAAAAGGAGAUGAGAGCGAAAGAGAAGAAGAAGAAGGAGAAGAAGAAAAAAAAAAUAUAUCGGGUCAUCUAACACAAUCUAAUACGGAAAAAGUUCAAACAUAUCUCUCGCAUAAUUGUAUAUAUACAGCAGUAACGUACGCCUAAUCAAUUACUUUAUUACGAUUAUUAUUUUUAUUAUUAUUACUAUUAUAAUUAUUAUUAUUAUUAUUAUUAUUAUUAUUAUUAUUAUUAUUAUUA